UUCAGAACAGUCUUCGUCCAAUCACACGGUAUCAGAUUUAUGUACGUGCAGUCGGUCUUCUUUAUCAUCGGCCAGCGGGUUUGCACAGUUUUUGCACGGAUUUUGCACACUGUCUGUCGAAGCUGUCCGCAAUUCAGUCCUUUUUUUAACCGUUACCAGACGAGGUUAAACUUUGCAGAAUGGCCGCGUAUAAACUGGUGCUGAUCCGUCACGGAGAAAGCUGCUGGAAUCAGGAAAACCGAUUCUGCGGCUGGUUUGACGCCGAUUUGAGCGAGACUGGGGAACGCGAGGCGAGGAGAGGUGGACAGGCCCUGCAAGAGGCGGGCUACGAGUUCGACGUCUGCUACACGUCGGUGCUGAAGAGGGCGAUCCGCACGCUGUGGAUCGUGCUGGACGGCAUCGACCAGAUGUGGCUGCCCGUGGUGCGCACCUGGCGGCUGAACGAGCGGCACUACGGCGGCCUGACGGGCCUGAACAAGGCCGAGACCGCCGCCAAGCACGGCGAGGCGCAGGUCAAGGUCUGGCGCCGCUCCUACGACGUCCCGCCGCCCUCCAUGGACGCCGACCACGACUUCUACACCGCCAUCAGCAAGGACCGUCGCUAUGGCGAUCUGACGGAGGACCAGCUGCCCUCGUGCGAGAGCUUGAAGGACACGAUUGCCCGCGCCCUGCCCUUCUGGAACGAGGAGAUCGUCCCGCAGAUUAAGGAGGGCAAGAGGGUGCUGAUCGCCGCCCACGGCAACAGUCUCCGGGGCAUCGUCAAGCACCUGGAGGGCAUGUCAGAGGAGGCCAUCAUGGAGCUGAACCUGCCCACAGGGAUCCCCAUCCUGUAUGAGCUGGACAAGAACCUGAAGCCGGUGAAGCCCAUGCAGUUCCUGGGCGACGAGGAGACCGUUCGCAAGGCCAUGGAGGCGGUGGCUGCCCAGGGCAAGGCCAAGAAGUAGGAGGGGCCUGUGUGGGUGGAGCCAGAAUGCUAGGGAUGGGCGGAGAGUGGGAGGGGCAAUGAUCUAAAGCUCUCGGAGGGCCACACCUUUGACAUUCAUGCACCUGGUGUACCAGGUUUUGGGGAUUAACGUCCAUUUCAAUUUCAGUCAGUUCAGGAAAAUUAAUUGCAAAUAAAGUUCCCCUUAAUGUUCUGUGAGGAUUUUUCAAGAAAGAAAUUGAAUUUCAGUUUAUUUCCUGAAUUGACUAGCUUCAAAUGGAAUUAAGCCCACCUCCCUUCAUAGUUAUUGUAACACACCUGCAUGUAGACUAAUUGUACUUUACACUGGCUGUGAAUAUUAUAAUAGAGCAGAUUAUUUAUGACUGAGAUUAUACUGAUAGACCAAAAAUAGAUUAUGGACCAGUUGAUUGACCAUAGCCAAAAGACAAAUCUAGAACAUUCCACUGAUGUAUUAGGUGUAAAUUCCAUAUUUUUUAAAUCAAGGCCUAUUUCUCACAGACAUUAUUGUAUCUGUUUCGGAAAUGUAAUGUAAUGUCUGUAAAAGCGAUGACUUAUUCACAUGGACCAUAAACAACUCCGGCUAAUGCAGACUGUCCUUCGGCUCGUUUGGAAACCAGGCCUCAUCCUUGCAGAUCUUUUCUGCAGUCUCAUGGCAACCGCUGUUGCCAUGGGACCGCAGAAGGAGGUUCUGUGCAGUUCUGAGCUGAAUGUGACAGUUUAGAAUACCUGAAUGACACCACAGCAAGCCUGCACCAUGCUUCUCAAUCCCACGGCUGCACCUGUAGUGCUGUACUUUAGUGUUUUAAAACCGCUGAUUUUAAUUUAUUCUACAUUCCUGAGUUAGGGGAACUUUAUACAAUGCAGAUCCAUGGGCAAGUUGAGCAGGUCAGGACCUCACUGAGAGCGGUGGACAUUAAAUACCCUCCCUCCUCCACCCCAGCGCCCCCUGCUGGUAGUUUACACGUGUAACAUUGCUGUAUCUGUGGCACUGUGUCAUGCCCUGUUUCCCAAAAAGAAUUGGCAGCGUAGUCAGCACCCUCCUGUGUGUGUGAGAGUGUGAGAGUGUGAGAGUGUGAGAGUGUGAGAGUGAGUGAGUGAGUGAGAGAACAAGAGAGCAAGAGCAAGUCUUUUCUGAAAUACACACCCUGGCUGCUGUUGUUUAGGGUCAGUAUGUUACCCCACAAGUGGGACUUCCGUUCAGACUGCAGUUGCAAGUUG